CUUCGCGGAGCGAUAUAGUGCAAAUGAGGCCACAUCGGCAGUGACGCGGUCCCUAGUGUUUCCGGGCAACUUCGCAGAGAAGAGACUAGCGAAUAACAUUUCAGGACUAAACAACGAUACAUACGUUGACUACAGGUAGUUUGCCAGCCACGAGGGGAACCUAGACUAUUUAGUACUUCAUAUUUUCCAAGUUUGAAGACCUAACAUAAUAAAAUGGCUGACCAACUGACUGAGGAGCAGAUUGCUGAGUUCAAGGAGGCAUUCUCACUGUUCGACAAGGACGGUGACGGCACCAUCACCACCAAGGAGCUGGGCACUGUCAUGCGCUCUCUAGGACAGAACCCUACUGAGGCAGAACUACAGGACAUGAUCAACGAGGUAGACGCUGAUGGUAAUGGAACGAUCGAUUUCCCAGAGUUCCUGACAAUGAUGGCAAGGAAGAUGAAGGACACAGACAGCGAGGAGGAGAUCAGAGAAGCCUUCAGAGUCUUUGAUAAGGAUGGGAACGGCUACAUCAGCGCGGCAGAGCUGCGGCACGUCAUGACCAACCUCGGGGAGAAGCUCACAGACGAGGAGGUGGACGAGAUGAUCCGUGAGGCCGACAUUGAUGGAGACGGACAGGUCAACUAUGAGGAGUUUGUGCAGAUGAUGACAGCCAAGUGAAGUGGACUGUGCUCUCACACAUUUCUCUCUCUCACAUUGCUUGUCCUCCUAAGAUCACUCUGUCUUUAAGAAAACAAACUAAUAAUCAAGCCAAAAUCUAAAACACAAAAAUGAUUCAAUGUACAAAAUUCUUUAAUCAAAAAAAAUCCAACUACUUCUACGGGAUCUGUUUUAAGAGCGACUGCAGAUGAAUCCCUAACAGAUGUUAAUGGACCAAGCUUUAACGAGGCGUGAGGCCCUUACUCCAGAGUAAGAUCCUUCGGAGGCUCCCAGAUGCCGACUAAAUUUGAGGAAGUGGGAACACGGACGAGGCAGAGGGAUAGGAAUCCAUACCAGAUAUGGCUGUCUUUCCUCAUAAAGAGAAGCUUACUAUUUUGAGCCUUUUUCCUAACCUGAAAACAAUUUAGGCUAACGGUGCAGUCACAAAUCGCAGUGCUGAUUUCUUACAUUGAAUUGGGUAACUGCCUUCUUGCAUGCACCCCUUCUGAGACAGUCAUGUCACAACAAGGUGGUUCUGAUCCCAUUGUGGAUUGUAUACAUACUGGAGGUAUAUACAUAAAUAUAUUGCUAUACACUGAGUGUACAGAACAUUGGGAACACCUUCCUAAUAUUGAGUUGCAACCCCCCCCUCACUUGCCCUCAGAACUGCCUCAAUUUGUCUGGGCAUGGACUCUACAAGGUGUCGAAAGCGUUCCACAGGGAUGCUGGCCCAUGUUGACUCCAAUACGUCCCAUCGUUGUCAAAGUUGGCUUGAUGUGCUUUGGGUGGUGGCCCAUUCUUGAAAUACACAGGAAAAUGUUGUGUGAAAAACCCAGUUGUGUUGCAGUUCUUGACACACUCAAACUGGUAAGCCUGGCACCUACUACCAUGCCCCGUUUUAAAGGCACUUUUGUCUUGCCCAUUUAACCUCAAUGGCACACAUACACAACCCAUGUCUCAAGGCUUAAAAAUCAUUAUUUAACCUGUCUCCUCCCCUUUAAGAAGUGACAUCAAUAAGGGAUAGUAGUUUUUACCUGGUCAGUCUAUCAUGGAAGAGCAGGUGUCCCUAAUGUUUUGUACACUGUUAUAUAUCAUUUGUAAAAUACAUGUCACUAACAGUUGGUGCACGAAUUACAGUGGAAGGAGUUUCAUUGGUGCUAGGUUGAGAGAAUUCUCCCAUCCCUAAGGGGUUGUAGGGAGUUGAUUUAGAAAAGCACUGGUUGGUUGGUUUUAAUAGGCUUUUUUAUUUUUUUUUAUUUGUUUGGGCAGGCUGUUGUCUUUCAUUCUCAUACAAGGCUUUUAAAUUUCCCAGCACCACUGACCUAUGGCAUAGGAGUAUGUAGAUGUGCAGUUUCAGAUCGUUGAUUAUGGUAACACACUUUGAGAGCAUUGCUGUAAAUAUAUUUUAUCUGCUAACAUAUAUCCUGAUACAAAUAUUAAUGUUCUGCUUUUUAAAUGUGUUAUCAAAUAUUAAUAUAUAAAUUAAACAUUUUGGUCACAAAUAUUACUGUAUCUAAAACUUUGCAUGACCUAUUGUUGAUCUAGUAUGACCUGUGAUGUUUUGAAAUGUGCCAUAAUACUCAAAAGCCUCAAUCUUCUUGCAAGAGCAAAUUAGAACAUAUGAAUAUACAAUAUAAACUAUAUACAGUACAUACCUAUUUGCACUUUGGUGGAAAUCGUAUAUUUGGAAAUGUUCUGAAAAAGUCAACGUUGCGGCUGCUGGAAUAACUAAUUUUGUCUCUUGCUCCUAUGGAUUUGUCAGAUCCUCAUGUUGUCAAGUGUUCACAUCUUUUAUCCGUGCUCUGCUUGCUGUUCUACUGAACAGAGUAUAUAUUCACUAAUAUAUUUAUUUUUGUCAGUGAGUUGAAAAAAUACAUUUCAGGCUGGUAUAAAUUAAGGGUUUAAAAUGUAUUUAGGGUUGAAUGGCAGGAAUGCUAGCGUAGGUAUUGAAUUGUUGCUUAAAAGACAACUUUGGGACUAAAACUUUCUGGCUAGCUUUUACUGGUUGGUUAACUUUUGAUUGAAAGGUUGGAAAAGACACAUGGUUAAGGACUGUUAAUCUUCUGGAGAUAGCGUACAAAUUUAAAGAUGUGAAAUAUUGUUUGCCAUGAAUAAAUAAAGUGACUGUACUUCACUAUAUGA